CCAUCUGCAGACAUGGACCGGUCCAGAGGGUGCUCCCCCUCCCCCCUCCUCUCCCCCCCCUCUUCGCAGGGUUCCUGUGUUUGGGAGCAGCUGAUGGACGAUGUCUCCGGGAAGGUUUACUACUACAACCCCGCGUCAGGAUCCACGUCUUGGGACGGUCCGGAGCCCCCGUCCCCCCAAGGACCCGCUCCCAACAGGAAGUCCUCCGAAGGCCCGCCUCCGCUGCCAGAGGAAGAUUAUCCUGUUAACGACAACGUCUUCACAAUGAAUCCUCAGCAACAGUUGCUGAUUCCCAGAGCUCAUCUCAAGGAGAUCCCAGCUCUGCCCCAGAGGCUGAUGGGAAACGGAGUCUCUGAGGAGGGGACGGGGGCGUCGGCCAGGAAUUGGAGACACAGCGUGGCUGAAGACGUGAGUCACAGAUAA